CACAGAAGAAAAUCAAGCUGUUCCAGCCUGGACAUGGCACCUCAUUUGGUUACGCUUUCCUCUUUUGACCAUCUUCACUUCAGUGAUAAGGACAAAAUGAAGCGGAGGAAACCAGCUAUUGAAAAGAUGCGCAGAGACCGCAUCAACGACUGCAUCGACCAGCUCAAGAGUCUCCUGGAGAAGGAGUUUCACAGCCACGACCCCAGUGCCAAACUGGAGAAGGCCGAUAUUCUGGAAAUGACUGUCUGCUUUCUCAAACAGCAGCAGCAGCAGCAGCUUCCUCAGAGGGACUAUAAUGAAGGCUACUCUCACUGCUGGAGGGAGUCUGUCCACUUCCUCACUCUUCAUUCCACCGGAGGAAGAUCCGGCCGGGAGCUCCAGCACCUCCACAACGCUCAGCGAGUGAGUGCUGCUAUCAGCUCCGCUCCACCGGCACCUUCCUCUAAACUGAGCACGGCUGGUUUGCAACAGCCUGACAGCAGGAGGCCCGUCUGGAGACCCUGGUAGAGAUGCUGUGAACUGUAAACCCUGAGCGACAGUCAUAGUAAUGUCUCUCAUAAAAGUAGGAGAUUAAUUUCCAAAGUGUACAUUUGUAUCAUCAUAUUGAUUGACAAAAACUUUAGACAAACAUGUGUUUGUCAAUAGAAAGAGGUGGAUUUAUGUGAUUCUUGUUCUGUUUUAAUAGCUCAUAAUGUGCU